ACCCUUUGUAAGCAACAUUCUUUUUUCCUGUCGUUCUUUUUCACUUCGUUAUGCAUUAGAUCUGUUGUAAGACACACACGCGUUGCUUUUGUACUCACGUUCUUAAAUACUCAGUAUUUAUUCAAAAUGCAUUUAACUAUGUAUUUAAAAAACAACUUGUUGACAAUUUUUCUCGUCAUUACUUUGAGCAAUAGCGCUUUUUGCCUAAAAUGUCAAGUUUGCAAUUCAGCUGAGCCUGGUCAAGAAGACUGUUUUACGGUAGAGCCAAAAGACACUAAAUACUUAAUGAAUUGUGAAGGUCCUAUGAAUGUUACUUGCAGGACUCAGGAACAGUGGGUGGAUUUCGAAGUUUUAAAGCAGGUCCCCGAUAAAAGGGUCAUACGCCAAUGUGCCUCUACAGAGUUUGAUCCCUCCCGAGCUUGCUACUACAGAACUGGAUUUGGUGGUAAAACAAGUGUUUGCAAUUGUCUCGGUGAUGGUUGCAAUUCAGCUGGAAGAACUGCCUCAGCUCUUCUUAUGACAAUAGGAGCUUUACUAUUGCUGAAGAUGUUCCACUAAUUUGUAAGAAUUUUCUAAAAGAAGAGAAUUAGAAUAGUGAGUAAUUUUGGACUGAAGUUGCGACAAAGAAUUUUCCGAUUUUUGCAGAGAAAAAAAUAUAUUGACAUUUUAAGGAAUUUUUUUACAACUAAUUUGUUUCGUUGUGCUUCAUUAUAAUUAGAACUUUUUUCUUAGAGUGCAUAAAUGUAAGUGUAAGUAGUAAGUUUAUCAAAUACAUUGAAGUAUUUUACUAAAUCUAAGUAAAGAAUUAAGAUAAUAUUUCAAUGUUAAAACUGAAUAAAUCUGUGUCAAUUUCGAUGCAAUUUAUGCAUAAAGUUAAAAACUCUACUAAAGCAGAUUUAUUAUUUGUUUGAAGAAUUUAUGUACAGUAAUUUUUUCUUAAAAAUAAAUUUAUGUUUUAAUAUAAUCGUAAUAAAAAAUUUCCGCUUCACUCUUACUGCGUUAAAUUAUAAAAGAUUUGUUUGUUUUUUACAUAAAAUAUUUUAUUUACUUGUUUUUGAGGAAAUUUUUACGCAAAAAUCUUAUAACUUUAUGCAUUUGUCUGUAAAUAUGAGCGAUUAGGUAUUUUUUAAGUACAGCUUCUGCUAUAUACUUUUAGAAUACUUAUCAAAAAUACGCAUCAUGAACACGAAUGUCAUAUGUAGAACGUCUGUUGCGAAAUUAAAAAUGGAAAAGAAUUUACAAUUUUAUUAAUCCAAUCAAAACUUACUUUAAUUGCAUAAUAGUGUGCAACAAUCAAUUAUCGAUUCUUAAAUAUUCUAAUAGCUUAGAGAAUUUUAAUUUCAUCUUUAAAAUUCUUGAGCUUGAAAAUCAUUUGUUAUUUCUUUAAUAUUUCCUCUAUUCGAAUAUUAUUUUAUUUACCUUUGUUAUGAUUCCAAAAAUAUAUAUUAAGAGAAGUGUUUUGAGAAUAUCCCGUACGUUUUUUAUGAUGUAUUUUUGUAAUGUUUGCCCGAAGUGAAUAUAUAGUGAGUAAAAUGUUAAUUUUAGUUGGUGUUCAUAUGAUAGGUCGUUGAAAAAUCUUUUACAUAAAUCACUAUUGUUUAAAUAUAUCUCAAUAUGCAUCUUUUGUAAACAAAAAUGUGUCAGACUGAUUUGUAUCUCUGAAAAAUUUAUUCCUUAAAACUGUAUUUACUUAGGAUGUUUUUAUAAUUUAAAUUGUUUUAGCAUUUUUAGUAAAUUUUCAUUUUUUAGAUCUUCUUGACCUGUAAAAUAUGUAAUGUAGGCAAAAUGUGAUUCGUCUGAAAUAUUAAAAAAGGCUUUUUUUCAUAACUUUUGCAGCUGUGAGUGCAAAACUGUGUGUGCUUUGUUGAUCUGAAUUUUUGUGCUGAAUGUGUGCUACAUGCAAUCUCGAAUCUCCAUGCUUGUACUUAUCAUAGUAUUUAAAAAAAUGACCUUUUAAGACUGAUCGGUUUUAUAUUCACACAUUUGACAAUUUAUUUUGUAAUGUUUUUGUUUUUUAAUAAAUGUUUUUUUUAA